AUGUCAUUCAGCUUUGGAAACACGGCUGGUGGGGAGAAGAAGACGGGUACUCUUUUUGGAAGCACUACAGCACCAGCUGGUGGUCUGUUUGGUCAAUCGCAGCAGCAACAGCCACAGCAGUCAAACGCGACACAGUCUGGCGGCCUCUUCGGGUCAUCGACCGCCCCCCAGAAUAACAACAACACCAACAACAAUGGCUUGUUUGGAUCAACACAACCACAGCAGCAGAACUCCGGAUCGAGCUUGUUUGGCCAGCCGCAGCAACAGCAACAGCAGCAAAAUGCAGGCUCGAGUCUCUUUGGACAGCCUCAGCAGCAACAGCAACAACAAAACGCGGGCUCCAGUCUGUUCGGCCAACCCCAGCAGCAGCAGCAGCAGCAACAACAGGGGCAACAGCAACAGCCAAACAUGGGCAACAGCCUAUUCGGCGCCUCGUUGCAGCCAGCACCUGUUCUCAACAACGUACAGGCGCAAAGCGUUCAGCAACAGCGCGAAGGGCUUCCGCAGCUGCGCCAGUCUUCUGCACAACCUUUUGCUGGCUCUGCCUACAUGACCGGUCACAGAGAGAAGUCGGUCAUCGAGCAGAUACGGAUUCUCAACAACAAGUGGGACCCCGAGAACCCUGAAUGCGUCUUCCAAUACUACUUCUAUAACUCGGUCAAGCCCGAAGAAGCGCCCUUCUACGGGCCCUCGCAAGGCGAAGACGAACGGAAAUGGGAGGAGGCUUUGUCAAAGAAGCCAAGCCCAGGUGCCAUCCCUGUGCUUGCCCGCGGCUUUGAACAGGUUGGAGAACGCAUCAAGCAACAAGCAGCUGCCGUCACCGCGCUCCGGACCAGACUGCACGAGAUCAACAACAGUCUGUCACUUCUCAAAGACGCGCACGAGCUGACUGUAGCUUCGCGCAUCACUGAAGCAAAGCGGAAGCACAUCGUUUUCACACAACGAACACUAGCCCUUGCAACCAAGGUCCAGAUCCUGCGUAACCGAGGAUACGUCAUGGAUCAGCCAGAGGAGGACCUGAAGAAGAAGCUCAUCGAGUUGGAGAAGCAGACGUUUGAUCCCGUACUUGGCGGGCGACAAGAAGAGAUCUGGGCGCGUAUGUCUGGUGUGCGCGAGCGGGCGCGUAUCCUUCAGGAGGAGACCGAAAAGCUGGGCAAAACGAUUGAGCAGCAACAAAACGGUGAACUCCUUACUGAUGAAGACCAAAAGGCACUAGAGAAGCUACUCAAAGACUAUGACCGACAACUCGAGCACCUCAAGAAGUGGGUCGACGACACUAGAGACGAGUACGAUGAAUGGGAGACGGCGCAGCAAUCAAGGCCGACAAAGCGAUAA